CAAGCACUGCUAACCGGAAAAACCAACUGAUGCAGCUAGCACUAUCUAUAAAUAGCCGCGAACACCUCUUCUCAUUUGCCCAAACCAAUCGACAUAUACAGCAAAGAUAGGAUUGUCGCAGAACAGUUUCUUUCAACAUGAGCGUGGAGAUCCUGGACGGGAGGACGGUGCAGAGCUUCGUGGAGGACGAGGGCGCCUUCAACGCCUCCGUCGACGGCCGCUUCGCCGCCCUCGACGCCAACCACGACGGCCUGCUCUCCUACGCCGAGAUGGCCGGGGAGCUCAUGAGCCUCCGGGUCCUCGAGAAGCACUUCGGUGUCGACGAGACCGGCGUGAUAGGCCCGGACGAGCUUGCCGCGCUCUACCGCGGGCUGUUCGCGCGCUUCGACCGCGACGGCGACGGCGCAGUGGACAGAGAGGAGUUCCGGGCGGAGAUGAAGGAGGUCAUGCUCGCCGUCGCCAGCGGGCUCGGGUUCCUGCCCGUGCAGAUGGUCGUCGAGGAAGGGAGCUUCCUCAAGGUGGCUGUGGACAGGGAGCUGGCCAGAGCUGCUUGACGGAAUUUUGUUUGUA